AUGUCAAAACGAACCGCCUUCACUACCGUGACGCCCCUUCCGGCGGGCAUCACGCGCCAGAGCGUCCUCGAAUUCCUCCACGAUUACGAAGAGAUGAUAGACUUGAACCCCUUGGUCAAAGAGCGCCACCCGAUCCCGCCUCCAUCAAACGCCUCAGCAGACGAACAGCGCUGCCAGUGGUACUCUCUGACCGACAAGAUCUCAUACUUCCCCGGAGUGAGGGGCGAUGUCACUUACACAUGCGCCUUCAAUGAUUUGCCAAAUGGUCUUCAGACCCACUGCUAUGCACCAGCCGGACUGACAAUCCGCGAUAAAUGGACUGUCGGCGGUUCUCUCCCUGGGGAACCCCCACAACCUGUCGAGAUAGGCCUUAAGGCGCCCUCAUCAGGACUCUAUCUCCGUGAAGAUGUUGAUAUGCGGUGCAAUCUAAUCAUGACGAGCUUUGUGAAGAAGACGCUUAAAAAGGCACACGCCGCUCUGGUUGACAGGCUGGCGUUCAAAGCCGAGAUGGCGAUUACCUGCGGGAAGAAGAGGAGUGAUUCGGGCAGCAGAAGCGCCGUCGUCUCUCCCGUUCCAAGCAUGAUGUCGAGCAUGGGCAGCACCGCGCCGAGUAGCAUCAGCAGCAUCAGCAACCAAUACCCCCAUCUAGCCGAAUCCAUCCCGACCAGCCGGCCCCCCUCCGUCGCAUCCUCUGUGUCCUGCUACAGCGUCCAGAGCAGCCCGACGUGGCCACUAGCAACAAGCAGCCUCGGUACAAGCCCCGCGCUGUCCAUCUCCAGUCCCCCGUCAACAGACUGCGGUAAUUCCCAGGCACAACAAUCCGCGGCGCACCUGCCACCGCCAUCACGAGCACCACCGCCACCCCCAACAUCCAUCCCCGAGCUAAGCUUCGAGCCGAUAUCCAUCACUCUCUCGGAAGCGCCCGCCCCCGCAGACCCCGACACCCCCUUCCUCCGCAACGCCAAACCCGCCACCACAUCCACCGAACCCGCCGUGCCCGUGCACACCCCCGAGCCCGAAACCCCCUUCCUGCGCAACGCCAAACCCGUCCUCCCCGAACUCCCCGAACUUCCCGCGCGCCCCCUCGAGCCCGAAACACCCUUCCUCCGCAACGCCAAACCCAACUGGCCGCUCGCCAACAACUGGCCCCUCCCCUCGCAGUCGUCCACAGCACCAUCCCAACAGCAACAAUGUCAACAACAACAACAACCCCGGCCCCGGCCCCGACCCCAAACCCACCUCUUCAUCCAGCCCUACCGCCCGCCACAACCGCCCGCGGCAGCAGCUGGGAACGGCAGCAGGGUAUCGCCGUCUGGCGACGGGCUGUCGGAUGACGCGCUGUGGCAGGCGCUGGGCGGGGGACGGGUGGGGGUGGCGAAGGGGAUGGAUGCGGCGGGUGCGGGUGCGGGUGGAGUUGUCCAGGGUCAGGGUCAGGGUCAGGGUCAGAGUGCGAGCCAUCACUACUACCACCGUCCGCAGUACCAGCAGCAUGGCCGGGCGUGGAGCUAUGGGGGGAUGGUGCCGCGGUGUAUAGUUCAGGGCAUCCGGAUUAUCCGCAGCUGA